CUGCUCCCACGUGUUCUUUCCCAUCUGGCGGCCGCGGCUCCUGUCCUGACCCUGACCCUCCCUCCCGAGGCUCAGCCGUCCCCCAACAACCCCCAGCCUUGUACUGAUGUCGGAUGCGAGAGCCUGUGCUUAAGUAAGAAUCAGGCCUUAUUGGAGACAUUCAAGCAAAGGUUGGACAACUACUUUUCCAGAACAGAAAGGAAACUCAUGCAUCAGAAAAGGACAGAUGCCCAGGAAUGCAAUUGCAGGGUUAUAUGGGAGAUGAAUGUAUAACUUCUUUAGAAACUGCCAAACUCUUUACAUUCCCAACAGGAAUAUAGAGGGUCUGUCACCCAGGCUGGAGUGCAGUGGCACAAUCUUAGCUCACUGCAGCCUCCGCCUCCUGGGCUCAAUCCAUCCUCCUACCUCAGCCUCUCGAGUAGCUGGGACUACAGACUGGAGCGCAGUGGCGCAACCAUGGCUUACUGCAGCCUCUACCUCCCAGGCUCAAAUGAUUCUCCUGCCUCAGACUCCCAGGUGACUAAUAAAGGUACCAGAAGAAUAUGGCUGCACAAAUACCAGAAUCUGAUCAGAUAAAACAGUUUAAGGAAUUUCUGGGGACCUACAAUAAACUUACAGAGACCUGCUUUUUGGACUGUGUUAAAGACUUCACAACAAGAGAAGUAAAACCUGAAGAGACCACCUGUUCAGAACAUUGCUUACAGAAAUAUUUAAAAAUGACACAAAGAAUAUCCAUGAGAUUUCAGGAAUAUCAUAUUCAGCAGAAUGAAGCCCUGGCAGCCAAAGCAGGACUCCUUGGCCAACCACGAUAGAGAAGUCCUGAUGGAUGAACUUUUGAUGAAAGAUUGCCAACAGCUGCUUUAUUGGAAAUGAGGACUCAUCUGAUAGAAUCCCCUGAAAGCAGUAGCCACCAUGUUCAACCAUCUGUCAUGACUGUUUGGCAAAUGGAAACCGCUGGAGAAACAAAAUUGCUAUUUACCAGGAAUAAUCACAAUAGAAGGUCUUAUUGUUCAAUGAAAUAAUAAGAUGCAACAUUUGUUGAGGCCUUAUGAUUCAGCAGCUUGGUCACUUGAUUAGAAAAAUAAACCAUUGUUUCUUCAAUUGUGACUGUUAAUUUUAAAGCAACUUAUGUGUUCAAUCAUGUAUGAGAUAGAAAAAUUUUUAUUACUCAAAGUAAAAUAAAUGGAAAUAUCAUUGA